AUUGACGAAUUACGAAGCAGUAAAUAUAAGGAAGGAACUUUUUAUGCCCAAUCAGAUCGUGUUUCUUAUCCUGAAGUCCCGCCCGUUGGUGACUCUAAAACAGCUUCGUUGGGGUAGAUUUUAUGUUUUUUACAAUGCUUGGGUAAAUAUUUAGCAAGUGUUACUUCCUAACAAGUGUACAUUCAUGGGAAUUAGUGAACAGGAACAAUAUCCGUCUCAUUACCAGACUCUUUUUUUUUUUUUUUUUGCCCUGUGGAAUUUUGCUAUUCUUACAGCAGUAUCGUUAGCAAUGCUAAACAGCAGUAGCGUUGUAAAACCGGUGCUGCAGGUGACAACAACUUCUCCUCGCUCCUUGCUCGUUUAAAGACACAUUUAACUUGGUUAAGCUCUCGUGGGCGUGAAGGUGAAACCUGUCUCGAGCGUUUCCAGACCGGAACAAUGAAUGUCUUCCGACACCUGAUAAACUUUGGGGUGAACCCUGCAGCGCUGGCUUAUGCCAUGACCACUCUGGGGUCUAGCAUGAUAAACAAUAUGUUCAGCUUCUACUAUGUGAAACUCUUCCUGAAUAGGUACAAGAUAUCCGAAGGAGCGUUUCACCAAUCACAAGUGGUGUACAUGGUGUGGAAUGCAGUUAAUGACCCUCUCUUUGGUUACCUGCAAGAUAACUCCAGGGUACCCUGCUGCUCUCAGCGACGUCUCUCCAUCCUGUACGGCGCUCCCCUCUACUCGCUAGCUUUUCUUUUAGCCUGGUUCCCAUGGCGUUCCUACGCCCCUGGCGACUGGUUGAGUGGUUUACACUUGACAGUAGCGCUGUGUGCUUUCGAUGGCAUGCUAACUUUUGUGCUGUUGGCACAAUGUGCCUUGUUUGCAGAGAUUUCCAGCCAUCAUCAGAACAGACUUAGACUCAUAAAGUACAACCAGGUGGCUUCUCUCAUUGGCUCAUCCAGUGUCCUCUUCUGUGGUGUGGUUUCCAACAACAUGGAAGACUUCUUGGCCUUUCAGGCAUUCGCUGUGCUGAUUGCUAUCCUGAGCUGUGGCUGCAUGCUCUACACAGGCUUCCACAGCGAGAGCCGCUUUGACAAUAAAGCAUCUCAAUCAGAUGCUCCCGCGUCUGUUGAUCAGACUUCGCAUCCAUUGGCAUGCUCCUUCUCCACGUUGAAAACGUUGACAUGGCAAAUCCUGACCAACAGGGACUUUCAGCUAUUUGUACUAAUGAACUUCUUCCAGGUGUUCAUGCUGGCCUUCUUUAAUAAUUUUACCAUGAUAUUUACUGAGCACCUGAUUCCUCCAGAUGUGCUUCCAUCAUUGGCAAAGAGCAUCAUGUAUGGAGCAGCAUUCAUCUGUCCACAGCUUUUAGUGCUGAGCUCUCAGAGUCUGCUGCAUAGGCAUGGCUACUACAGGAUCAUCCUCUUCAUCUUCUAUGUGGAGGCUGGAAUGGCAGCUGUCAUGCUAGCAAUUGGUCCUCAGCACUACUAUUUCAUGGCAUUUUUCCUCACCAUUAACAUGGUUAUAAUUCAGGCCUCCUUCAGUCUUUUUGGGUUGCCUUUGGCUGAUAUUAUUGACACUGACCUGCAGAAAUACAAGCGCAGUUCCCCUCUCUCUUCCAUGGUGUUUGGAACAAAUGCACUGUUCACAAAGCCAGCUCAGUCUCUGGCUCCUAUGAUAGUGUUAAAUAUCCUGAACCACUUUGGGUAUGAACAGCUGAAGGAUGUCACAAAGGAUUCAGAUCCGAGUGCCUUGGAGAGCCUCCACAGAGCCAUGUUCUACUUGGUUUGCUUGGUGCCCAUGUGUGUCGCUGCUCUGCAAGUCCUGGCUUGGAGGCCGUUUUCCAUUCGCAACAGUCACACAGUUGACACAAAGUAUAUUGAUGGCUAAUAUCAGUAUUCUCGGUAUUCAAAGAACCUGGCUUAAUUGCCUGUAGUUGGGAUCUGUAAAUGAAUAAUUUAAAAUGAGUAUUUUUGUAUAUUUAAAUGAGUGAAUAUAUUGAAAUUUUAACAGGGAACAACUGUAAAUCAUCAAGUACCUUAAAAUCAAACAAAUCAAGGGGCUUUAAAUAUUUGAAGUGGAAAAAAGUAAAUGUUUUAAAUGGCAAUUUUCAUCUGGGUGCAAAUAUAUCUAGACUUUAUCCCACUUACUUUGAUUUAAAAGUGGUAUUUUACUUCCCAUUCUUAAACAUUUACUGGUUGUUGGGUUGGGUGGGGCACAAAUUCAGCAUUAUAAUAGUUUGUUAGUUUAUAAUUAGUUUGUGAGAUAUAUUUUUAUGACAGAAUCCCACCAACUGUUCAGCUACACUUAUCAGGAUCCUACAUUAUAAGGUGGAUGUUCGGAAGGCCAAAAGGUUCUGAGUAAACAAUGAACUUAACUAAAGGAACUUUACUCAUGCAAACAUUGAAGUUGGAUGUUAAAUCGCUGCUUUAGCAAUGAGAACAAAUAGUCGAGACAUUCUCGAUCCUUAAAGAGUCAACUGAAACACAAACUCAAGCAUCUACUUGAAGAGAAGUAUUUAGUUAACAGCUUCGCAUCUCUGGAACAAAAAACUUGUCAUGUGGUUAUUUCUUGAAGACUAUCAUUUAAGUGUCGACUUUGAUUUUUUUGAUCAUUUUGUACACAAAAAAUAUUUUGUUUCAUUUUUUUUGUCUGUUUAUGAUGCUUUUAUAUAUCAUCUAUAUAAUGGAGAGGGAGAGAAAGGUAAAAACACUCCAUUUAGCUUUUCACAGAUGCAGACGCAUAAAGUGGCCACAUAACAUCAGAAAUUAUUGUCACUUAAACUCAGGUCUCACAAGCUCUGGCAUCAACAGUGAUGAUCAAUGAAAGGUAUUCAUCAAGAACAAAAAAUUUCAUUUUGCCAGUUAAUGAAAUGCCUUAUUUUACCCGAUGAAAAAGACAGUUAGUGUCACAAACCUGAUGGUUAAUAACCUCCAUGCAGAUUAAAAAAACAAAACAUGAUUCAAGUGGCUCGCAUCACCUGUAUUUGAUAGUUUACAGUAGAGAGAAGCCCAAACGGGGCAGUUUAUGCAGACUUUGAAUAAAGGCUGUAAAUGGUGAAAACUAAUCUAAGGAUUAUAAUCCAGUGUAUGAAUGGACAUUAUAAUGUAAAAUGUAUUGAGAUUUAGGGGAUGGGAUAUGCUUCACAACUGGCUCAGAAUGCUAAACACUGCCUUAAUGUGAAUUUCUAAUAAGUUUACUGUGAUUUCUCUAAAGAGAAACAAGGCCCUCUCUUUUCCUAUGAUAACAUAAGCUGUAUUUGACAUACAGACAUGUGCUGUAUCUUGUUCUAUGUUUUGGUAUCAGAUUCUAUAAAUGUGUUGUUUCUAAUUAAAAAUGGUAAAAAAAA